AGGAAAGGCUCCCAUUCACCUUCUUUAUCGAUUUUCCAAAGUGCGUGAAGUGCUGACCAAGCAUAACAUGUGAGGAAGCCGGCAUGAAGACUAUGUGGCGUUGUAAAACGAAAACAUGUUAGAGAUAUAUUGGAAAUUAUCGUGUGCGUUGUAAUUUAACUGCUAAAAGUGUAAACUAUUAUAAAUAUGUGGAAGUAAAUUAUUUGUGCAUAAUAUUUUGCAUUAAACGGAAGAGGGUUUUCCUACUUGUUUGCUGCGAUGGUAACAUUAACAAAAUUGGUGCUCAUCGCAAUCAUUUAUGUGUUUUCAGGAAUUUUCACACAUGUAACAGCAUCGCGUGUACUCGAAUUAAGCGACAGGUUCUUGGACAUUCGUAAAAAUGGACAAUGGCUAAUAAUGAUGUAUGCACCAUGGUGUGCACAUUGUAAACGAUUGGAACCAAUCUGGGCUCAUGUAGCACAACAUUUACACGCAACAUCAAUACGAGUGGGACGUGUUGAUUGUACUCAAUUUACAAGUAUAGCACAUGCUUUUAAAGUUAAAGGAUUUCCAACCAUUUUAUUUUUAAAAGGUGAGCAAGAAUUUACGUACCAUGGGGACAGGACACGAGAUGAAAUAGUGAAAUUUGCAUUAAGAGUGAGCGGUCCACCUGUCCAAGAAAUAACAAAAACACAAAGUUUUGAGACAAUUAAAGAAGAACGUGGUUUAUAUUUUUUGUAUGUUGGAGAGAAAUCUGGUCCAUUAUGGGAAUUCUAUCACAAGACUGCAGAUGCGUUCCAACCGCAUGCAUUUUUCUAUCAAUCGCAUCCAAACAUUGUUAAUAAACAUGCUCCUGAGGGAAAUGUUCCGGCAUUGUUUGUUUAUAAAGAAAACUCGCAUUAUAAUUUUACUGGUCAUACUACAAAUGACAUAGAAAAGUUAAACGAAACAUUGUAUAAGUGGAUAAAUGCAGAACGUUUCCCUACAUUUCCAAAAGUAACAAGAGGGAAUAUAAAUCAACUUUUUUUAACAAAUAAAAAUCUGGUUUUGGCAGUAGUAGAAGAAAAUCAGUUAGAGGAAGUACCACCACAUAUGGCACAGUUCAAAGAUAUGAUAGAAUCUAUAAUUAAAAGCAAACGAGAAAAGUAUCACGACCAUUUUCAGUUUGGUUGGAUAGCUAGUCCUGAUCUAGUCAAUAGUAUAGCAAUGAUGGUCCUACCAUUGCCAAGUUUAAUUGUUAUUAAUACUACUACAAAUCAUCAUCACAUUCCCGAGGAUGAAGCAGAAAAACUAACUCCUCAUGUUGUAGAGUUUUUUCUAGAACAAAUUCGCAACGAAAGCGCUCCGCGAUAUGGUGGAAACAGUUGGCUUGUGCAUGUUUACAGAUCAUGGUUUGAAUUGAAAACAACUCUUACUGCAAUGUGGAUAGGUAAUCCUAUCUUGACAAUGGUCUUAUUUGGUUUACCAGCUGGAUUUUUGUCAUUGAUAUGUUAUGGCAUUUGUUGCCCAGAUAUUUUAGAUGCAGAUGACGAAGAAGAAGAACAAUCAGGAGUGAAUCAUAUGAAGAAAGAUUAAAUAAAAAACAAUUUAGAUCAUUAUUAUUUCUACGAUCUUUGUGAGACUUUUAAUGAUACGAAGGUAUAUAUACUAUUACUUUACAUUGUACAAUUUUUAAUUAUAUUUAAAUAAAAUUUACUGAUGUAACCUUUUACGGACGUAACAGACGAAGCUUUCGCUGCGAAGGCACGCUGUUAUCUAGUUAGAAACCUGAUCAAAUGAUGGUGGGAGAAUAGCUGGUAUUGGGUCUCUUGUAGUUAUUGCCAGAGAAGUUCGUCACCUCUGAUUUAAACGCUGUCCGCAAAGGGUUAAGAAACAUUUCAGUUGUCAACAUUUUGUUCACACAAGUAUAGAAAACUUGUGUGAAACAUUCCAACAGCCACUUUCAUAGCGAAUAUAAUUCAAAAGUUGUAUGAAUUAGAUAGAAUAAUGAAUAACCCUUAAAAGGUGAUUAAUACUGGCUACUGCACAGGCUAUGGGACUUGAAUUUUUUACCUAUAAUGUAUUGUUUCAUGUAUAUUUCAAAAUAAGCUUACUGCGUUAGGUACUGAAUUUCUUGAUUCCUGGAUUUUUUUAAUUAACACUAAUAUGCAUACAAAUGUGAGAAACUAUUAAAAAAAUAAUAUAUCAAAUAAUAUUAAUACAAAGGAAAAAGAAAAUAGAUUUACAAAGUACGAAUAAAUAAUAGUUAUUCUGUUCCUUUACAAAACACAAAAAAUAUUAAAUAUCCAUUAUAUGUAUAUAUGUGUGCGUACUAUAUUUCUAAUAGGUGAUGUAUUAUUCCAGGUUUAUUAUCGUAUUUUACGUUUUAUUUUCUUCUUUGUAUUUCGAUGAUUGUGAAUUGAUUUUUUUGUGUUUUAUACUAAAUACUGGUAGAAUAAAUCUUAGUAGUCAAAGAAUAUUAGGAUGGAAAAUUUUUAAGCGGGUACAAAGCAUAAGUAUCACGCGUAGAGCAGUGAAGCCAGACUUUCAUAAAUUUGGAUUAAAAAAGAUCCAGGUACCACUGGAUAAGGGUUAAAAUAAAUCUUAGCUAAAUGAAACGUUUACCAGACAAUACAAAUCAUACGAUUAAACGAGCUUUUUUAAAUCAUACGGAAGAAUUUGUUUUGCAUUAUAACUUUAUGUAAUUCAAGUAUGACAUAUACAUGAGAUUUGCGAAAGAAUGUGAAUAUUGAAUAUGAUUUUGUAACUGUACUUAGACAGUGAUGUACGUUUUAUUGUAUAGAUGUAGUGAAAAAAUAUAUCAAAGGUUUACAUGAAUCAGUAUGUAAACUUUGGGUGUUCGCUUUAAAGCAUGAAAAUUCUUUUUUU